AUGAAGCUGGAUAAAAGCUUUCACAACAGUCUGUGCGGACAGAAAGCAGGAGGUUUUGAAUGAACAACAUGGCGGCGGCUUCGACUCUAUGGGUGCUGUUGAUGUGUACGGUCCUCUCUGGCCGAGGGCUGAAAGCUCAGGACUGCGGCGUCGCACCCCUAAACACGAAGAUCGUGGGCGGUGUUGGCGCGACUGCCGGGUCAUGGCCGUGGCAGGUCAGCAUACACUGGAGGUCGAGCCACACCUGUGGAGGGACGCUCAUCAACAACCAGUGGGUUCUCACAGCGGCCCACUGCAUCUUGACGAAGACACUGAGUGACUGGACCCUCUACUUCGGAAGACAGACCCAGGCUGGCCCCAAUGCUAACGAGGUUUCAAGCCAGUUGAGCCAGAUCAUCGUCCAUCCAAACUUCAACAACACGCUCUACAACAACGACCUCGCCUUGAUGAAACUCAGCAGUUCGGUCACUUUCAACAACUUCAUCCAACCAAUCUGCCUCGCCAGCAACCUCAGCCAGUUCUUCAACACCACUUCAUGCUGGAUCACCGGCUGGGGAAAACUAUUGAGCAAUGUGACCUUGCCAGCGACCUCUAAUCUACAGGAAGUUGAGAUUCCUGUCAUUGGAAACAAAGAGUGCACCUGUAGCUAUAUAAAGUCAGACGCAAACAUCACGGACAAAAUGAUGUGCGCCGGGCAAGAGAACAAAGGAGCAUGUCAGGGAGACUCCGGUGGACCUCUGCAAUGCAAGCAGGACUCAAGGUGGAUCCAGGCUGGAAUCACAAGCUUUGGGAUCCCUUGUGCCACUGCUGGUUUUCCUGAGGUCUACGCUCGAGUGUCUCAGUUUCAGGCGUGGAUCACAGACCAGAUCGCUGGGACCAAAGCGGAUUUCGUGACGUUCAGCUCUAACGGCACUGACGCAGACACCAGCUUUACGUGUCGCAACUCAGGCGAUCUUUCCACUCAGUUCUCAUUUGCCGUCCUUGUGACUGUGAUGCUGCGGUCAUUCAUUACUCAAUGAAAGUCUUUUUUUUUCUCUACAGUUUGGCCACACUUUAAAUUAUCUUACAAAGUAAUUAUAUUUUAGAAUAAAUAAUGUUGGUCAGAGUUGACUUUGUAUAAAUAUAGUUUCAGUGCGUUUGUCAUAAUUUAGUGGAGCCAUAAAGACCCAAAUGUUGCAUCACAAAUGUAAAAAUCAAAGUCUAAUUUAAAAAGGGAGACUGGAAGCCAUGAAAAACAAAUGGUUAUAUUAGCUUUGCAGUCUUUUAGUUAACAGUCUCGUACAGUUGAAACCAGAUACCUACAUACAUAAAAAGAUAAAUAUUUUUUUCUAACUGUCUGAAGUUAAAUCUGAUUAAACUUCUCUUGUUUUAGCAUAGUUGGAAUUACCAAAAUUAUUUAUUUAUGCUAAAUGCAAGAAAACGCAUUCUUAGAAUUUUUUUAAAUUCGGAAGUUUACAUAAAUUUGGUAAGCAUCAGAGAUAAAUGUCUUUUAAACUGCCUGUGCAGUGCAAGUGAUUGCGUAGUAAUGUGGCGACGCGCCUCUGCAGGAAGACUGCAAGUCAGUGAUGAAGCAAUCUGCUGGGUUUCCUUACAGAGAAUGUUUUUCAGACUAAUUUGAAUUUAACACGCUGCACUGUUUGGUAACUAGGAACAAUCGGAAUGACAGCAUGAUUGGACUGAAGUGACUAUUUUUGUAAAAUUCAGUUGUGAACCGAAGUUAUUUGAAUUUUAAUAAAACAAUCUAGAAAAAUUAUAUAUAUAUAUAUUUUCUGAUUGGAGUCUGAAAACUCCAAUUAGUGAUUAAUCAGAUUAAUUUAAUUGCUUUUAAGACUGUUUAACCCCAAGAUCCCAAUCUAAGUUGCACUUUUUUCUUCUUUCUGCUAGAAAUAAACUUCUGUUAUGUCACAUUUAAAAGCCAGGAAAACAAAAAGUUGAGAAUUACUAAUCAGAAGUGCUUAAAAAUGGGGAUAAACUUAAAAACUUCACAUUUAUUUAUUUUAAAUGGACUGCCUACAGUUAAUAUCAAGUAAAUUGUUUUUAUUGUGAAAGAUUAUGCAGAUGAGAUGAGUAGAAAACAUUUUAAAGCAUUUUUCACAUCUUCAGCAGGCGGAAAGUGCAUGUUCAAGAUUAGAGAGCAAAGCAUGACAACAAUGGCGCUGUGGCACAGCUGUCUGUGUGCACGUCCACAACAGACGGGAGGCUCGUGAUUAAAAUGACACUCAGGCCUUUUUUAGACCCAGGCUGGACAUAACAGAGACGAUGUUCAGGCCUAAGAUUAAAAAAAGAGAAAGAAAAACAAAUGAUUGAUCUCAAACUCUGGAGAUAAAAGCAUAGAAUUGCAACAGUUGGGACUUUCAAUACUUCUCUAUCUGGUGUUAAUUUUUGCACAAAUUGUGUUGAAUGUGACACUUUUUUAUGUAAGUAAGGAAGAAAGAGAUAAGGAGUUUGACACUUCAUCAUAUUACUCAUGAGGGUGUGACAUUUUCGGUCAUUUAACAGACCUCAGACUCUAAAUCUGGUGGUGACCUCGCCAGGACUGCUUCCUCUGCAACGGUGAAAAGGAGGAACUCGUGAAAUGUCACAGAAAUUCAGAUGAAAAGAGAAACCGAGCCCAGCAGAAGAAAAGUACGAAGGAAAAUUUAAUUACCCAUUAAAAAAGGAGAACAGAGUUCAGUCUGGCAUGAAGGCGCAACCGAUGCGUGAAGAUGACUCAAAGUGUGAAAAUAGGACAGAACUGAAGUGACGUUUUGUUAUUUUCAUGCAUGGCGACAAGAAGUGCCAGUUACAUGACGCUCUAAUAUAAUGAGAAACUACAGUUAAGUGAUGAUCUCAUGUAUUGUGAAUUUAAGUAGUGAAAG